CAUAUUCCGCGUCACGUGAUCCGUUCAGCUGAUCGAAUCAGCUGACUUGGUUUCUCGCAGUUUGUCGUUCACAUAAAAUGUUGACGUUUUUGGUGUUUCUGUGUGUUCUGGUGGCGGUGAACGGGUCCGGUGUGUGUCCGUGUGAGAGUCCGGAGCUGUGUCAGCCGAUACAAGGGGAGAGAGAGCACGAGGUAUUUGUAUUUGAUGUGGGUGGAAAGGAAUGGAAGUCCUACAACUGGACUGUGGUGACAACUGUGGCAGCUUUUGGAAAAUACGAUGCUGAUCUCAUGUGUUACGCUCACUCCAAAGGUGCACGACUUGUCCUUAAAGGUGAUGUUCGCAUCUCCUCCAUUGUGGAUCAAACUAACAGAACCGCAUGGAUAACCAAGCAGGUAAACUUGGCCAAGAGCCAGUUUAUGGAUGGGAUCAACAUCGAUCUUGAGCAAGCGGUGGUUAAGGGCUCACCAGAGUACUUUGCUCUGACGGACCUCGUCAAAGAGACAACUGAGGCGUUCCACAGAGAAAUCCCAGGUUCUCAGGUUUCAUUUGAUGUUGCCUGGUCUCCAAACUGUAUUGAUAAGCGUUGCUAUGACUACGUCAGCAUCGCCAACCACUGCGACCUGCUGUUUGUGAUGUCUUACGAUGAGCAGAGCCAGAUCACUGGUGACUGCAUCGCAAUGGCAAAUGCCCCACUCGCCCAAACGCUGAAAGCCUAUGAUGACUAUUUAAAUCUAAAUAUUGACCGUAAGAAGUUGGUAAUGGGAGUGCCUUGGUAUGGCUACGACUACCCAUGUAUCAACCUUUCCAAGGAGGGUAUAUGUUUUAUACCCAAAGUUCCCUUCCGUGGAGCUCCUUGCAGCGACGCAGCAGGAAAACAAAAACCGUACAAGUGGAUCAUGAAGCGUCUCAGCAGCUCAUCGUCAGGCAGGAUGUGGGAUGACGAGCAGCAGGCUCCUUAUUUCUAUUACAAGGCCCAGGACGGGCAGACUCAUCAGGUCUGGUACGAUGAUCCACAGAGCAUCUGCGCCAAAGCUAAUUCUGUGAUGGAUAAAGGCCUGAGAGGCAUCGGCAUGUGGAACGGCAACAUCUUGGACUACAGCGAUGAUCCAGAUGCUGGGCAGCAGACCAUGCAGAUGUGGAACGCCCUAUUUGGGUGCCAACUAAAAUAAAUUUAACUCUCCUGCAGAAAUUUACACCUCUUCUAAGCCCGUUUCUCCAUCCAUCAAUUAUCUUUACCCGCUUUUUCCUUUUCGGAUCAUGGGGGUCACUGGUGCCU